CAGAGGGUGCUGUUUCCUCCCGGAGGAGUUAAUCUCGCGCACUGCCCGCCGCCAUUGCCGGGCUGGAGCCGCGGGGCAGUGGCAAAAUUACGUGAUGCUCUACUGAGAAACAGUGUUAUUCCAUAUCAGGAGAUUCCUGGUAAAUCAGCUAUUCAGCGCUAAGAAAGUAAUUUCUUAGCCAGACAGGCUAUGGCCUUUGGAAGGAUAACUCAAAAGGACUGGUACAAAAUCUUGGGUGCAGAGCCAUCAGACAGUCUGACAGAACUAAAACGGAAGUACCAAAAACUGAUUUUGUUAUAUCACCCAGACAAGCAGAGCGCAGAUGUGUCAGCAGGAGAAGUGGAGGAACGCGUGCAGAGGUUCAUCGAAAUUGAUCAAGCGUGGAAAAUUCUAGGCAACGAAGAGACAAAAAAAGAGUAUGACCUGCAGCAGCGUGAAGAUAAUCUGACAAAAGAAUGGCCACUGCAUGCACAAAUUUAUCUUGAGGAUAUGGCCUGGAAUGAAGGUGAACAAUGUUAUACUCUGUUGUGCCGAUGUGGUGGAAAUUACACUGUCUCCAAGACUGAAACCAAAGAGGUGUCUUUGGUUUGUUGUGACACAUGUUCGCUUGUUAUAGAGAUCCUUCAGUGAUCAUUUCAAUCAAGCACAUUAACAGCUAAAAACUUUUAAAAAACAUUGCACAGAAACACUGGACAAACAGGGGACAGCAUCUGCUAAGAAAUAUGUUAAAGAAAAGGAGGGCACUGCAAGAACAAGUUCAGUCAGGCUUAAAAAGGAAAUAUGCGUAACUGCUAACAUAGUUCUGCAGAAAUGAAGCUUGUUUUUUCUUCCUUUAUUAAAGAGCUAUUUAUUAAAAAAAACCCUCUAGGAGUGAACACUAAGUUCUGUACAACUGGAAUGUAUCUUCUGCUGUAAAUGACAUUUCUUUCCCAGGUAAGAACAGAAUACUAUUUUCAGUUUCAGUCUAUAUCAGCUACAACUUGGGCACUACCUCCUAAGUUAAAUCCUUUUAACAGCUCAGUUAACAAAAUUUAAUCAGAAAUUGUACAUGUGAGAAUGCUUUGAAGAUAAGGAAGAGUAAGGCACAUAAAUGUAAAACAGGAACAUUUUGAUUUCUAUACUAAAUAUAUAACUUUUUCUACAUUGAUUCCUCACAAGGAUUUCAGUCUUGGAAAGAGGUGGCAGAGAACUGCAGAGCUAGGAGGCUGGCUCUCUCCAUACUGAAGAGUGUGUAUAUUCCUACGUACCAGACUGUAGCAGUGCAGCUGCAUUAACCUUUUAGCUUGCAUCAGGAGCAUGCUUUUGAAUUGGAUAUCCUGACUAUACCUCCAUCACCUGAACAAAUGCAAUCUUGAUUCCUUAGAUCAAGGAAGCAGGAAGAUGCACCCUCAUCCCUAAUGGGUGCGCAGUCCACAGGGCCAAACUAGAGCUAGUCUAAGGGGAAAAAAACUACAAAAUACAUAUAAAUAAGUAGAUAUUGGAUCCUGAGCCUGACUGUCACUCUUUUCAGUAACUUCUUCUGUGCCUUUUACUAAUGUAGGCAUUGUCUGUGUGUGGCUCUAGAUGUGCAGCAGUGUGACUCUGCAUUGCACCUCCUUCAUCCCUUGUUAACAGUCAGUGUUAACCUUAUCUUGUAGUAGGAAUCAAAACUUUCUAAUAAAUGCAAGCACUUAAUGUGAAUAGCCAGAGGAAACAGAAUAAAAGACAUACCAUUUUUGAUGGUGAUGAUGACAGCAGUGUAUCAUUUCAACUUUUAAAUUAGAUGUAAUCUCAGGGGAAAAAAAAGAAGGAUGAUCUCUGUCAGGUAAUACUUGUAUUUAUUCUAAGCAAAAAUAGUUCCAUUGAUUUAGUAGAAAGUAGUAUGAAAGCUGACAAUAGUCACUAAUUAUUUUAAUCAUCAAGAAAUCUAUGGCCAUUAGGGCUUGUACGUAGAAAUCCAAAGUCAUUCAGAGGCCAUAUCUGUAAAAUAAAAUGCAGCAACAAAUAAGAGAUUUUAUCACAACUCAAAGUUCAGUAUUAUUAUUUCUUAUGAUUAUAUACUUUCCAUAAACUGUAUCAUUUCUUAACCCUUUAGUUGACAGUAAUAGGAAAGAGAGAGAAACUUUUCUGACCUGUGUAUUUUCUUUACUGAGGAUAUAAUAUAUAAUAUAUACUAGGAGGAACUGUCGUCUCCAUGCUGGCUGGAGAGAACCAAUUUACAUACAGCCUGCCUCGCUAUGGAGAACUUCCCAAAUUAAUUUUUUUUUUCAGUCUUGGAAAUAAAUACAUUGCUAGAAAGUAUCUUUUUAAUUCUAGAUUUUCUGGCUUGUGAACCUUAUAAGAACUUAGAAGGCAAAGUGUAUAUUUUGAUACAGGUGGGAGAGGAAAGACUACCAUGAACAUCAACUACCAGUGAAUGUGAGGGGUGUUUUUGCACAAUGGGCAUUUGAAUUGCAAACACUCAGACAAAAAAAAAAAAGAAAAAGAAAAAUCUGGAGGCUUAUAAGCAAGCUCAGACCAUGCAAAUAGGUAUAAACAGAUAGAACAUCAGCUAUCUUCAGGUGCUCUCAACCAAGGGGCACCUCUGAGAAGGGGAGAUUGUGGAAAGGAAGGAACACAAGUCAUGACCAUGUACAGGCACAAGCAUCAGAGAAAUAUAUUCACUGCUAAGAAAGAAUCUUUUCUGCAGCAGCUGACUAUAUUACAUAGCUAUUCAUACUGCUGAUGACUCCCAAGAGUACUUUCUUCUGAACACUCACUAAUAAAAUGUACGUAUGUCUUGGAUGUUAAGCAACGGGAGGUCAAGGACAGUCUUUUACACUUUGUUCUUUGUCUCCCUUGGCUGCUUACAUCUUUUCAUUACAAGUUCUCUCAAAGAUAGCAUGGGGGGGGGCUCAGCAGGAAGAAGGGAAAGAGAUGAUUUUGAAGAAUAAAUCCCAUUCUGUGGCUCUAAUUCCAUGAAAAUCUCAGAGCCCCUGCUCAAGAUGAAGAGAGCUAGACAGAGAAAGGUUUGUUCCCAAAGCAUUUGUUAGAACGUAUAUCUUUUUGCCCCCCCCCCCAACCCCCUUAGAAUUUGGCCUUAAGGAGGUAAACAGAGCCACCUUGCAGCAACAGCAAGUUCCUCUUCCACAGAGUUCAUGGAACAGCUGCAGCAUAGUAGGAGCCUUUGCCGUGUUCUGUGUGGAGUGCAAAAGCAAUUUCCUCAGCUUGAAAGAGGAAGCACAGUGCCAGGAUUUAGUAUUUCAGUCUCCAUGAUUUAUCCCCUGUAGUGAAGGCAAUGACAGGCUGAGGCAGUUCUUAAGGAUGGGAGACACAGUAGCAAGACUUAGCAUCAAGUCAUGCUAGACUGGGACAAUGCAUUGCUACAAGCUCCCUAGACUUGCCUCCCCCCUCAGGCCCCUUGCAGCACUGUGGUAAGUUGCCAUCAGGGGAUUGUACCUGGCCCUGGGGGAAGCUGGAAGGGUGAGUUAUUCCCAGAACCUCAAGUUCUGCAGAUCUGAGAAAGGCGCAAAGCUCCGUUGUGUAAAUAUCUUUUAAAAUACAUAUCUUUCUUGGCACAUGUGCAGUUAGCGGAGAGCAGGAAGGAUACCUGCUGAUGUACAGAAAUGCACAGAGAUAAGAGUCUGGUCUAUCUUUAUUAGCCACUGAGCUAUCUGAAGUUCCACAGAAGUACAUAGGCACAUGGAACAAUAACAGAAGGAUAUCCAUGAUCUUGGCUAGAAGUAAAGUUGCAGAACUCUAGUGAGGGCAGAUGCUGGCUUCAGGCUGGGUGUCAAGUCUUUUCUUUGGUCUCAGAGGCAGCCAUGAGUGAAAAAGGAGAAUAGGAAUGGCCCACGUUACAGGCUGAUGCAAGUAGCCUGGAAGAGUUUCUUAGGCCAUUCACUACUGAACAAGUCUCACUUGAGGCAGCUUGAAACACACAUAUUGCAAUGUGAUUUUAUUUCAGUAAAAAUAAUAAAAUUUGUUCUAAAUGCUG